GAAUGUGCUGCACACAGGCCGCCUCAUGAUUCAGUUGGCACAAUAUUCGAGAUAUCGCGGUAUAUUUUCAUAAAGGAAACUACUCACAAGGUUGCUGAAAACUCUUCGACAGCCCACGACCGCGCCUACCUGAUGAGCCCCAAGCUUCCGCUGGCUCAGUCUGCCCUAUCUAGCCAAUUGUCAGUUCGGCGUCACGCUUUACUAACAGCUAUCAUUCGCAAGCUUAUAAUUGACAAGCCACGUAAAUUGAGGGAUCAGGUUUUAAACAGGGAAAAGUGGACCCGGAAG